AUGAUUAAAAGAUCAUUACAACUAAUGUCAAAUACAGCAUAUAAAUUUGUACCUAGUCCUCAAGCAAGUCACUUUGGACCAUCAGUUUGGGUAGAAUUCUCACCAUUAUCAAUUAAACAUAAAUCAAUUAAUUUGGGACAAGGAUUCCCAGAUUUUGAACCACCACAAUUUGUAUCAGAUGCAUUAGCAAAGACAGUAGAGACUGGAGGAUUCAAUCAAUAUGCACGUAGUCCAGGACACUUGAGAUUGGUAAAUGCAAUCUCUAAAGUGUAUUCACCAUACUUUGAGAGAACGAUUGAACCAACCACCGAAGUGGUGACAACAGUCGGAGCAUCGGAAGCAAUCUUUUGUGCCAUUCAAACAUGUGUUGGUCAAGGCGAUGAGGUGAUUCUCAUUGAACCCUUUUUUGAUAUAUAUAGUGGAGCCGUUGUCAUGGCUGGAGGUGUAUCUAAACACGUCCCAUUACGUGAACAACCACGAAAGAAUGUAACAGACGCACGUUCAUCUGCCAAUUGGGAAUUGGAUUGGGAUGAAUUUGAAAAGGCAUUUACACCAAAGACUAGAGUAUUAUUACUCAACAAUCCACACAAUCCAGUUGGAAAGGUAUGGUCUCGUGCAGAACUAGAACGUAUUGCAGAGAUUGUCAAACGUCAUCCACAAGUAACAGUCAUCUCUGAUGAAGUGUAUGAAUGGAUGACGUAUGACGGUAUCAAACACGAACGAUUUGCUACGAUCAAGGAUAUGUAUGAUCGUACCAUCACGGUAGGUUCUGCAGGCAAGACCUUUUCCAUUACCGGGUGGAAGAUUGGAUGGUGUAUCGGACCCAAAAACAUUAUAUCGGCCAUAGCCAACGUCCACCAAUACAUCCCAUUCUCUGUACACACUCCAUCACAAGAAGCGGUGGCCAUUGCACUCGAAGAGACUCUUCAUAGAGACUAUCUCAAAGAACUCGCACAAAUGUAUCAAGGCAAGCGUGACCGACUCGUCACCUCGUUGCGUCAGGCUGGUUUGGACCCUGUCGUACCUCAAGGCACCUAUUUUGUACUAGGUGACACUUCUCGCAUCCAUUUGCAAGGUGACGAAGGUCAAUCCAGCUCCAUCACGGGUAUGGGUAAACAUCUUCGUGACUGGAACGUUUGUCGUUGGCUCACCACCGAUAUCGGAGUCACCGCCAUUCCCAUCUCUGCCUUUUACAGUGAGGAACAUGCCCAUCUUCCAGCCAACUAUGCUCGCUUUUGUUUUUGUAAAAAGGAUCAAGUUUUAGAUCAAGCCGAUAAAGCUUUUCAACAAAUUAAAAAUACAAAGAAUUUUAAUAUCAUUACAUUAUUGUAUAAUCACUACCACCUCUGCAUAUUCCUACAUACCCUCUCUCUUUUUUAA